UCCCCCAAAUGUCAGGACAGUACAGAUAUCCCCCAAAUGUCAGAACAGUACAGAUAUCCUCCAAAUGUCAGAACAGUACAGAUAUCCCCCAAAUGUCAGGACAGUACAGAUAUCCCCCAAAUGUCAGGACGGUACAGAUAUCCCCCAAAUGUCAGAACAGUACAGAUAUCCCCCAAAUGUCAGGACAGUACAGAUAUCCCCCAAAUGUCAGAACAGUACAGAUAUCCCCCAAAUGUCAGGACAGUACAGAUAUCCCCCAAAUGUCAGGACAG